AUGAGGAGAGAUCAGAGAAGUCCAAAACAGGAUCCAAUUUUGAGUUCUCAAUAUGUUGUAUGCGAGGGAAGGUACAACUGUCAUUUUGAAGCACUUGAUCGGACGCUCAGGAAUCUUAUGUCAGUUACCGAUCAACAUAAGACACAUAAACCAUUUGGUGGUAAGAUUGUUGUUCUAGGAGGUGAUUUCAGACAGAUACUUCCGGUGAUUCCGAAAGGAAGUAGACACGAUAUAUUAGCAUCCACUAUUAACUCAUCCCAGCUGUGGUCAUUUUGUAAGGUUCUGAAAUUGCAUAAGAAUAUGAGGCUUCUAAUGUCUUCUUUGGAUCAAGAUGAAGGUAAAAUGAAGAUAUUUGCUAAUUGGAUACUUGAUGUUGGAAAUGGAAAUAUUAUCUCUGUUGUUGGUGAUGAAUCAGAAGUUGAAAUUCCAGAUGAUCUAUUGAUUACAACUACUGAUGAUCCUCUCUCUCAUUUGAUAGACUUUGCAUAUCCAAAUUUGUUGCAAAACAUAUCAGAUUACAGGUAUUUUCAGAGUAGAGCAAUUCUUGCACCCACACUUAAGAGUGUCGAGAAGGUAAACGAUUUUGUCUUGACAAUCUUUCCAGGGAUGGAAAAGGAGUAUUUGAGCUCUGACACAACAUGUCAAGCUGAUGAGAAUGAAGAUGUAUAA